CAAACUUAUAAUUGACAUAGCGUGGCUAACUUCGCAUGUUUAUCGCGUGCUUUACCUCCUGGUCGUCGAAUGUACCAUUUUAUUAUUUCGACUAAUUCCAGCACAAGCAACUUCACGAAUUUUAAGUAAAUUUGUGAACAUAUAACUUGUCACCAUGUACGGGAACGGCAUAAAAUUGAUGAAAAAAACUAAUCCUUAUCCUCAAGGAAUGCGAUGUCAAAAAUGUUUAGAGGUGGGUCAUUGGAGUUAUGAAUGCAAAGGAAAAAGAAAGUAUUUGCACCGAUCAUCCCGUACUACUCAAUUGAAGAAAGCAUUAAAACAACAGGAUGCACCACAGCAAGAGAAAGUUAUUGAAAAGAAGAAACAGAAGCAAAAGAAAAUGAGGAAAGAAUCAAGCAGUUCUAAUAAUUCUGAUUCAUCAAGCGACAGUUCUGAUAGUGAUAGCUCUCCUUCGGAUAGUGAAUCAGAUUCUAAUGAAAGCGUGUCUAGUACUAGCAGUAGCAGUAGCAGCACUAGUACCACUAGCAGCAGUAGUAGUAGUGGUAGUAGUGAUAGCAGCAGCAGCAGUAGUAGCACUACUAGUUCUUCUGAUAGAUCUCGUAAAAAGAAACGAUGAUAGUCCUUAAUACUGCCACUUGUCUUAUGAGUAUUGUUCGAUUUACAUAAAAGAAUUAUCUUAACUGUCAUUAUUAUCCAAUAAAACUGAAAUUAUGCAUUAUAUUAAUCCUACAAAAUAAUUUUUCAAUAUUUCAAAUUAAAGUACAAUUUAAAGAAAGUGAUUUGCUGUUGUUCUCCUAACAAAGAUAGAAAUCAUAUCCGCAAUAGUAGUAUCACAAGCAUAAUAGGUUGUAAACAUCAUCAUAUUUCAAUGCUGAAGAAAUAUAAUAUACAUUUUUGAUUAAUAUAUCAAAAUUAGAAAAAUAAUGAAACUUUCAUUUUUGGGAAAAAAAUUUCCAGAAUUUUUGAUAACCAUACAUAAUUGAUAGAUAUUGAAAGAUUCACUGCAUAAAAAUACAAACAUUUCUUAGAAUACACUAUAUAACAUUCAACUAUAUAAAAUGAAAGAAUGUACUAUUGAAUAGCAGCAAAUUAUAUGUAAAAUUUUACUAUGAUUUGUUACAUGACAAUAAAUUGUAAUGAAAUCGUUCUGGAGUAUGUAAUUUUGAUACAGUACUUGCUAUAAUUUAUCUACAUUUCAUGGUACACACUUUUAUUUUUAAUAAAAGACACUUUAAUCUAUUUAUGUUAAUCUUUAUAAAACAUACUACUAUAUCAAUUUUGCAACUAUGCGUUAAUAAUUAGUAUACAUAUACAUCUUUACAACAAAAUUAUCACACAUAUAACAUUAGUAAUGUACUGAUAUUUUUUACUGUUACCGGCAUAAAUAUAUUUGUCCCGUAAAAAUAUUUGUAUGCACUUCGAUAUUUAAACAUGUGAUACUAGAUAUUUUAUAAUGGGAAUACGAAAUAAUGAUGCUAGAAGCGUUGAUAUACGAUGUUACAUAUAAGUUCAUUCUUGAUUAAUUUAAUACCUUGUAAUAAUAAAUAAAAAAAAGUGGUGCUAGCCCGGUAAAGAGUUAGCCAAACGAAUGCUAAUAAACAAUAUUAUAAGUGAAA